AUGGGUCAUAAAGCGGAGAAGAAACCGGGUGGCCAUUUCGUUGCAGCACUCGAUAUCCGUUCUUUGGUGUACAUCGCCGAACACGAGCAGGGUCGUGUGGACGAUCUAUGGUCAUGGGCAUAUAUGUUCAUUGAAAUGCGCGAUCCUUUACCUUGGGCAAGAGUGAGCCACCCAGAAGCUGUGUUAGGUUUGAAAGGAAGAAACAACCCUCGAGAAACUGUGUGGUUCGGACUCAUGGAGGAAGUUACACGGCUAAAAGUCAAUCUGACGGACCCAUAUGACUGGGAUGGUAGGAUAACUGAUAGCGAGGGAACCGAAAAGCUCCAAGAGGUGUGCAAACAAUAUGAUUUAAAAUAUGAAAACCUUCCGAAGAUGGAAACUGUUGAGGACCUGUCCGAAGAGAACGAACAGGCUUACUUCCGGCAAGUGUUCUCUCCACAACCUACAGAUGUGCCCGGUGGUGAGCAAUACGAAGAAAAGAAAAAGAGAGGUUCGAAUACCAAUGUGGCGAGUGAAGCACAGGUGAACAACCAGCCAGCCGUUGGAAACCUUGACGAAUCGAAGCACCCAUCAACAAACACAGGCCUUCACACAGCAGCAGGAAAUUCUUCAUUAUCG